AUGAAGAAGGCUAACAGCAUGCCAUCAUCGAAAUUUUACAAGCUACAAGCAGCCGCCGCUGCCGCCGCCAUCGACAUUGCUCCGCCUGGUGUUUCUUCUAGAAUCUCAUCUUCUUCAACUGCUAAUUUCCUUGCUCAUACUAACCCUUGGGCCUCCGCUUUCACCGCCGCGAAUAUUGCCUCUGCUUCCCUCGGUCUUAAACGAUCUUCUGACGCGCUCUACCAUCCAACCAUUUUGAGUACAAUUGGGCAAAACGAAGCUUGGUACACUACAAACUCACUGGCCAAGCGCCCUAGAUACGAAGCCGGAAGCACUUUGUCUAUUUAUCCUCACAGGCCAGGAAAGAAGGAAUCUUUUUCAAGGUGGAAAAAUAAGGUGAAGUGUUGGUGGGUUUUGCUCAGAUUUCUUCAUUGUGUUCAAGGUUUGAAUGGUAGUUCAUGGCUUAUGCUGCAUUUGAAGUUUACUUGGAUUUUUAGGGGGAUUUCAUUCUGA